AAAGGCUGUGUGUCUUUCCUCCGUGGGAGUAAAAAGCGCCGAUCAUUUCCAGUAUUGCAAGUAUUCUUCAGGUGUGUGCGUGACAUCCACUCUGAGUGGGCUUUAAGGGCACAGACAUCCACUUCACACCUGCUGAGCUCCCACACCUGCCAUGCCAGCGUUCACCUUGCUCGCCCUUCUCUCGCUGGCCGCCAUGGCGCCCGGCGCCUCAGCUGGAGGUAGACCAGCAGACUGUUGCCGCAGGACGACGGACACACAAGUCCACCCGGACCUGCUGACCAAGUACUACGUGCAGAGGCCGCCAUCUUGUUCUCUGCACGCCGUGGUGUUUACCACGCUGCGAGGCAAGAGAAUCUGCGCUGACCCUGACAAGUUGUGGACCAAGACCAGCGUGGCGCACCUGGAUGGACGCCAGCGUCAUGGUCCACUUUUCACCGUGCCAAAGGAGGACCCGGUUUUGCAUCGACUGUAGCAAUUUGUACGGCGUGUCUUUGAAGUAGGGCUGGCGAAAUUAACCACAUGACCAUGCGAUCAAUCAACAAUAAUACCUCGUUAAUCACAAAUCUACAAUGCAAGUGAGCAAUAACCUGUGAUUAAUCGUAAUUAAUCCACCUUCAGAAGUCUGAUUAAUCUGAUUAAAGAGUGAGGAGAAAUAACGGGGUCUUUUUCACGCUGAUUUAUACAAUGCAAGUGAGCAAUAACCUAUGAUUAAUCGUGAUUAAUCUGAUCGUAGAGUGGAGUGAUUUAUACAAUGCAAGUGAGCAAUAACCUGUGAUUAAUCGUGAUUAAUCCAAAUUCAGAAGUAUGAUUAAUCUGAUUAAAGAAUGAGGAGAAUUAACAAGGGUCUUUUUUACGUUGAUUUAUACAAUGCAAGAAAUGAGCAAUAACCUGUGAUUAAUCAUGAUUAAUCUGAUUAUAGAGUGGAGUUAUUUAUACAACCCAAGUGAGCAAUAACCUGUGAUUAAUCCGGAUUAAUCCACCUUCAGAAAUCUGUUUAAUCUGAUUAAAGACCGAGAAUAAAUAUCGAGGUGUUUUUUUCACACUGAUUUAUACAAUGCAAGUGAGCAAUAAUUUGUGAUUAAUCAUGAUUAAUCUGAAUAAAAACAGAAGUGAUUUAUACAACCCAAGUUAGCAAUAACGUGUGAUUAAUCAUGAUUAAUCUGAUUAAAGAGUGGAGCGAUUUAUACAACCCAAGUGAGCAAUAACAUGUGAUUAAUCAUGAUUAAUCUGAUUAAAGAGUGGAGUGAUUUAUACAACCCAAGUGAGCAAUAACCUGUGAUUAAUCAUGAUUAAUUCAAAUCCAGAAGUCGGAAUAAUCUGAUGAAAGAAUGAGGAGAAAUACCACAGUCUUUUUCACACUGAUUUAUACAAUGCAAGUGAGCAAUAACCUGUGAUUAAUCACGAUUAAUCCAAAUUCAGAAGUGUGGUUAAUCUGAUUACAGAGUAAGGAUAAAUACUGGGGUUGUUUUUCACUCUGAUUUAUUCAAUGCAAGUGAGCGAUGACCUGUGAUUAAUCAUGAUUAAUCUGAUUAAAGAUUCGGGCAAUUUAUACAAUCCAAGACAGCAAUAACCUGUGAUUAAUCUGUCAGGUUUGUCCCUGACAGUUUUGGUCUAUGUCCUAGUUUUUCCUCUGCAUUUGUCUUUAGUUCCUGUCAGCACUCUUAUUUUGGUUCUGUUUCCUGUUUGUCUCCCUGAGUGCUGUGUAACUCUCAGCUGUGGCUGAUUGGCACCUGGCCGCACCUGGUGUCAAUCAGCCAGCCACUAUUUAAGACCUGUUUUCUCCUCCACUCAGGGCUGGAUUAUUGUCGUGUCAAUGUCAUUUUCUACUUGUCGUUCUUACUGGUCGUGUGAUUGCAGCGCAGCGGUAAGUUAUAUUUGGUGGAUGUUUGUAGCUUACUGUUUUUUGUUCCCUGCUUCCGAUUUGUUUGUUCAUAGCCCUUAGUUUGUUAUAUCCGCUCACGUGCGCGUUUUUUGUUUGUACUCUUUGUUUGUUCUAGUUCUAGAAGUAUAAAUUAAACUAUGUUUUCCUGCAAAA